UGAAAGUCAAAAAUGAAGAACUUGGUGAACAAUUAUCUUGCUAAUGUUGAUACGAAUUGAAUUUUACCGGCGCGUUGUAUCAUUAAUCUUUAUUGGAAUAAAAUAAUAACGAACUGAAAUAUACAAUAAUUCGUUAUUAUGUGGUUGCCAUAAAAGCAGAUACAAUAUUCAUUCAUAAUUUUAGUUACAUGUCAAUAAUUUUUCAACAUAAACACCAUGGAUAAUACAGCCAUUCAAACUUUGGAAGCAGCAGCUCAAAUGCUCAUGGCACCGCCGAAUUUAGUCACUUCAGAACAAAGACAUCAAGCUGAAAGCGUAUUUCUUGAGUUUCGGAGUACAAAAAAUCCAUAUCAAUUAUGUAGGGAGCUUUUGGAAAAGUCUUCCUCUGACUAUGUUUUAUUUGAAGCUGCAGGCUUGUUUAAGUCUGCACUAAUUAGAGAAUGGAAUUUACUUAGUGAAAACGAUAUUUCUUCUCUUCGUGACUAUUUACUCAACUAUUUAUUAAGAAAAGACACACCACCUUUUCUUAAAGAAAAAUUGUUGCAGACCAUUGCAGUUAUAAUAAAAAGAGGCAGUAUCAAUGAUUCUGGAAGAGAAAGAAAAGCAUUGCUUGAUGAGUUAGAAAAAAUUAUACUAGGGUCUCCUAUAGGCCAACAAAAACUAGCCUGUGCACUGAUUCAAGCUUUAAUGCAAGAAUAUGCUAUAACAGUAAAAUCUGCUGAUGUAGGUCUAACUUGGGAAGUACAUUUCUGGCUGAAAAAGUCAUUUGAAGCAACAGAUCUGAAGAGAAUUUUUAGGUUCAUAGUUGGAGUUUUGGAACAGAUUGUUCAUUCUGGAGUUCGCCCAGAAGGGGAUCAAGCAUUGUUGACAAAACAGCUGUUAACUAUUGUUGAGUCUAUAUUAUGCUGGAGUCAUGUCUCACCACUACUUUCAAAGAGAUUGAUUGGUGCAUUUGAAGCUAUAUAUGAGAGUGACAGUGCUCCAGCAUUACGGCUUAGUCUAAAUUGGAAAGACACUAUAAUGAAACCAGAAUUAAUAGCUUUAUUCUUUGAGAUUCACUUGCAUGUAAGACAGAAUCCAGAUUUAGCAAAUCCAUCUCUCACUUGCCUAGUACAAUUGGCUAGUUUAAGUGGUGUUGUAGUUUCUGCAAAUAACCUCAAAGAGCAGUAUUUAGAAAAUUAUGUUAACAACUUUAUGAGGAUGCUGGCUUAUAUACAACCAGCUGAUAGGGAAAUGCUUGGAAUUGCAGAUAUUUACAGAAGGCUUGUACAAUUUUUCACACCUCCAAUGAUAGCAGCAUCUCCCCCAACUUUUUUGCAAAAUUUAACAACUUAUACAUGUCACUGUAUAAGAGGGUCUGUAAUUGAAGAAGGUAUAAAUGAAGAUACAGUCUGGAGAGAGGCAUUAAAUAAAUUUCUUCACACCUGGAGUUCUCUUGUUCAUGAUACCGAUGGCUUCUCAAAUGAGGCCCUCAUGAACCCUUGUAUAGAAAUAUUUAACACAUAUCUUCAAUGCAGGCUGGCACCUCCAGAUGGAACUAGAGGUACAGAGAGUAGUGAUGGAUGCACUGAGGAUAUCAAGGAUGAUGUACAAGAGGAUGAGCGGCAAUUGCACAGUAAUGUGCUGCUCACUAUAGGUGCUAUAGCUCGAAAAGCUCCGGCCCACUGCUGUCAUGUGUUGUUUACAUUACUGACUGAUAGGAGCAAGAGGCUUGAAUCUCAGCUGAAUUUGAUGCAUAUGGGAAAAUUACCAGUUAAUGGAGGAGAACAACUAGUGAGUUUAUUUGAAGAUCUGCAUUGGAUUCUUAUGAUAACUGGUCACUUCAUAGCAGUAGAUUGUGUAGAAGGUGAAACAGUACUUAUUCCACAAGAGAUAGUGCAGUUCAGUAUGUCAGAGAAUGCUAAUGUGGAAGCCUCGCUACGGUACUUAUUUGGCGAAAGCAAUAAUACGGAAAAUGUGGAUUCUGUACUGAAGUUAGUGGGCGAAAUAUUUAGAAUUAGUGCGUAUGAGUGUGUGGCGUUAGAAGCCGGUCUGGGAUGUGUGUCGAGUCCAGAACUUUCUGCAACAUUAUCAUGGCUCUUGAAAAUUUGGGCUAAUUCAUAUUUGAUGCAACAAUCGUCUCAAUAUUCUGAGGUGCUGGAGAGCGCGUUCGGCGCGGGCUCGCAGGGCGCGGUGUGGGCCACGCGGCGGGCCGCGCGCCGCGCCGCCGCCGUGCUGCGCCACCUCGCCGCGCAGCCGCCCGCCGCCGCGCACGCCACGCAGCUGCUGGCCACGCUCGCGCACACGCACCGCAAGGAAAGUCCAUUAGCAAGUUGUGAAGAGUUUUUGUCUUUAGUUGCCUGGGAAGCUUCUGGCAGUAAUUUACCGGGAGAUAUACGAAGAGAGCUACAUAGAGCAUUUGCUAUUGCCGCUACGUAUUCUGAAGGUGAAGUGCGAAACAGGCUAUUAACAAGUACAGUGGCAUUGACGGACAAACUGCAAAAUAUAUUAAAUAUGCAACCAGACUCGGAACCAGUUCGCACCAUGUUGGCGGAUACGCUAGAUUGCUUUAUUGGUGUCACUGAAGGCGUCCAUGAAGUUGGGACAGUCGAUGAACAAUUCCUCAUGUUAAUUGGUGCUUUGGAUAAAAUACCAGGAAUCUUGUUCAAGUACCAUAACUAUCCCGGCGUAGUGUUGCCCGCUCUCAAUCUCCUCGCCAAAAGUGCUAAAAGAAUGUUGCAUUCUGUGCAACAGCAGAAUGUUAAUAAAUUUCUUGAGGUCUGCAAUACGACAUUCGAAGUGUACAUGCGGUGGAAUUCAGGGAAAAUUUCUAGCAUUCCACAAGAUGCGGAAGAAGAGGCGUAUGAGGACAUCUGCGCGCUGAUGGAGCUGAUCUGCAGCAUCGCGCGCAGCGGCGCCGAGCGCGGCGUCGGCGACACGUGCGCGCGCGGCCUGCGCCUGCUGCUGCCGCUCGUGACGCCGCCGCUGCUGGCGCUGCCCACCCUCGCGCACCACGCCUACCGCAUGCUGCGCGACCUCGACACCACUGUGCAGCUGACAAGUCUACCCGUAGAAGACUUCAACAUGGUGGUGACAGCCCUACGCGUAGGCCUGACCGCAGUGUCCUGCGACGUGUCCACGCUGUGCUGCGACACCAUAGUCGGUAUCGCGAACAAAGUGCGCACUCUGGGUGCGGACAACCCUUACGCUGUGUCCCUCCUAUCUCUAGCAGAAUUACUCCUAAUGCUCAUAAUAAAAAUGGAGAUUCCUCCGGAUUCGAUACCAGCGGCCGGCGCCGCGAUAUACGCUCUAACUUGCGUCAAACCAGCUCUACUUGAAGGACUGGCCAGACAACUCAUUGAUGCGUUCGCAGCCAACGACCCAGGGAAUGUCCCAAGAUUGGAGGAAGCGUUUGGCGUGUUAACUAAUGGCGUGCUCUUUGACGGACUUAGAACGCAUAAAAUCAGAUUUCAAGACAACUUUGAUAAGUUUCUAGCCAGCGUGCACGGGUUUCUAAUUGUUAAAUAAGGCGUUGGUGACUCUAGUUGGUUUUAAAUUGUACCGGCCAUGUGUAAUGGUGAAUGUGAAGACUUAUACGUUUAAGUAUUUAUGACGUUAUAUAAGUGCAAUCGAUGUGGUCCUGCCAGAGGGCUGUGUUUAGUAUAAAUGUAUUUAAAACGAAUAAAGAAGAUUCUCUUGAAAAAUUUAUUAAUGCAAUUGUACAAAAUUUGUGUACUAAAUGUUUUUUUAUUUUUUAUUAUAACUUCAUUGACAUAAAUUAAUAAUAAUUAAGGUUCUGUAUGUGCUUGUGGAUGGACGAGUUUCGUGGAUUGUUCUAGAUAAAUUUAAUUAGCCAAAAGUUUGUAAACAAGAGAACAAUAAUAUACGUAAAAAAUCAAUUCGGGUCAGCUCAUAGAACUUCAUUGUAAAUAUACAAAAUGAGCUAUUGUCUCACUUAUUUGAACUAAGUCCAACGAUGAACUCAACAAGUUCAAAUUCUUUUCGAAAUCAAAAUUUUUUUCGUACGAUUUGACAGACAUUAAACUUAUAUAUUUUGCGUCCUAAUACAAUAUUUUUACUUAUAUCCCCAUAAAUUUUAAUUAUUAAAGUCAAAUCAGUGGCGUAACUAUACCGGUCGAGGGCUAUGGCCAAUUCGUGGGAUGCCUGUGAAAUGCAUUUCCAAUGUUUGGUCGAAAGCUUGGUUACUGUUUUAUUAGAUAUGUCUAUCGGUCAUAAUUAUCAAACCUGUUAUUUUCCUAUAAGAUUGUUUUUUUUUAAAUCGUGAAAGAUCGUUGCAUCAUAUUAUAUAGGAUUCCUGUAUUGGCCGUAUAUCGCCGUCUGCUAUGCAGAGACAUAGGUACUUAUGUGAUUAGUAUAAUUUAUUUAGCCCCUAUUCACUUUUUGGUGAUACGUCUUUACCUCCAAAAUGCAAAGUGUCAUAUAAAGUGUAUAUUUAAAAAAAUAUUGAUAGGUCAAUAUACCCACAAACCUCCUCCUCUUGUGAAACAGUCCCAGUUAUGGGUUGGUUAAAAAAAGCUAAAACGGUUUCAAGAAAAUAGGUAGGUACAGUGUUGGAGGCCUAAAGCUACAGGGUUUCUAUUGAAGACAAGAAAUAACAACGAUACCUUAGUAAAAUGUAUUGAAUAAAAGGUUGUGAAAUUGAUGAUAUAGGUAAUGAUGGCGUAGCAUUUGUUAGUGAUUAUGGGUAGGAGAGAAAUCAUUUAACCAUAGUCAAUUUUAGAACCUAAACAUUUAAAUUUUUCAAUAUGUUUCAAAUUUUUUCAUUAUAAUAUCGUGUACGUAAUUUUGAAUAUUAUAUUUAGGAUAGCAAAAAGUGAAUAGAGCUAUAACACUAAUGUAUAAGUAAAAUAUAUGAUGUAUUAGAUUUAAUAGUUUUUAUACUUCCUAGCCAUGUUGUUAUUUUAAGGGCCCAUAAAAUCAAAGUCCAGAAUCAAAUAAUGACGACAUUGCCAGAUGUGAAAAUAUCUAAUAAUAUGAAAAUUGAUAGAUUUAUAAUAGUGUCUCUAGUUAAUCAUUAUUUUACAUUGUUAAAAAUUUGAAGUUAAUAUUUUUGCAGAUAUGAGAACGUCUCUAUCAUACGUACUAUCAUACGUACGUAUUAUAUUAAAAACAAUGUUUCGCAUUGUCGUACAAAAAACCAACUUGUAAGAAACAACUUAAAAUUUUAUAAAAUAACGUAAGGUACGUCAAUGCUGUUUCGUUGCUAAUUUAAAUGUUAAGAUAAUAUAUAAAACAAUUUCGUUUUGUAUUCAACGAUAUAUUGCUAUUUUCAAUUAUUAAAGUGUGUCGUGUACAUAAAUAUUCCCAAAAUAAGACAAACAUGAAUAUUUAUCGCCUUUAUUUACUCAAAUAUGUAUAAUAUACCUUUUAAUAACUAAACGUACAAAUAUUUUCGAAUAAACAGAUCCUCCAAAUA